AUGAUGUGCGAUCCCGAGCAACCAUCAUCGGCCGGUGUCAAAGCCGCUACGGUGCCGCCGCUCAAAGCCGCUACGAAUAAUAACUACACUUUCCUGGUCCACUCUCACAAGUCCUUAACACAAAAUCUACCUCCCAAAGUAGACAACAAGGCUCUGGCGCGGCAGAAACGUCGAAGGACGAGCCCUGAUGAUCAAAAGAUUCUCGAAGCGGAAUACCAACGAAACCCUAAACCAGACCGGGCAACGAGGGCUGAUAUUGUUAACAGGGUUACACUAGGCGAGAAGGAGGUUCAGAUCUGGUUUCAAAAUCGACGCCAAAAUGACAGACGGCGAUCCAAACCGCUCAACCAGGAAGAUUUCAAAGUGCCCAAACCCUCCGGCCCAGACCAAGACGCGUCCAAUGGCAAUAAUCCUGUUAAUUCUGAGAGUCAGGCUACUCAGCCGUUAAAAACAUUCCACGGAACUGAUCGUCGAACCAGCACUGACACGAGACGCGCGAACCUCUCUACAUCACCAGACAGCUCAUUUGGGUCGGAAACGGGGGUCGAACAUGAGUCGACCUUGAGUUCUCAACCACCUAACUCGCAGGCCACUGUCAUCUCCCUCCAGCGAGAGGAACUGCGCGACGCCGUUGGCAAAAUUGAAGGGCAAACAGGCGGGAGUAAAGAAGGGGGUGCAACAUUAAUAGCGGAUGAACUUCACAUCGAGCCCGUCAGCAGGAAACGGUCCAGGUCUCAGCCUGAGGCUGCGAACACGAACAAGUACAGUCCACCGACUUCAAGCACAUUUAUACCCCCUUCGCUGCGUAUAUCAUUGUCUUUUGACGGAGAGGCAGUUGUUCGUAAGGAAGGCGAAAGCACCCCGUCCCCGCAAAAACCACUAGACGCCAUUCGGAUUUCCAUGUCUGCUGAUGGCGAAGCAUUAAUCAGAACUGCAAGCGAGGAAUCCCCUAUUAUGAAAAACCGCGCCCCUCUCUUGUACAACACACGUCCUGUUGCUAGAGGACUGAGGAGGAGCAUCAGCGCCUUUCCCCUCGGGGCAUUGAAGGGGACAAAGGAAGGCCAAGAUCCCAAGCCAUUUGGGAGAUCUCGCGACUCCCGUAUCUGGGAACUUCAUUGUGAUACUGAUGCCCGGACUGCAUUGUUGGGGUCGAAAGGCAGUCUUUUGUCCUCCACGGCUCGGACGAGGAAACUAAGCCACCGAAAAUCCGACCUGGGCCAUGGUCGAAAGGCGUUGAUGCCACGAACAAAUCUCCCGAACGUUGUACCACUUGCGGAGGAGCCUACAGGAAAGCGGAAAAAACUAUCACGGGCAAUGUCCUCCUUGGCUCGUUUAGAAACUGGUCACAAAGGAUUAACGUCAAAGUUGGAAGAAGGGAUCACGGACUGCCACACAGGCGAUUCAGACAAAGAGAAUUGGAUACCAGGCACACAGAUGUCCGCGGCAAGACGGGUGCCUUCUAACAAACAGAAAACCCGUCGUGUAGGACUGCAGAAACCUAACCGGCUCAGCAAUGGGCAAAGUGCUAGCUAUCGACCAGUCGCAGGCUCUAACAAGAUGCAGCAGGGACAUCGAGGCGUACUUCUUCACCCCAGUCCCCAUAGCACUCAAGAGGGCGGAGAUGAUGUAACUGGGAAGAUUCAUGGGCCUCCGGACGAAAUAUCCCAGCUCAGCCAGGAUGAAGAUUUGGAUUGCAUCCAGGGUCUGCUGUCUUUGAGCCAGGGCGCUUGGCGAUAG